UAUAUCAAGAGGACUUGCUCCCACCAUGACUAUCACGAAUAGCACUUAUAGUGGUGUCUUUCACUUUAAUUUAUCAAAGCAAGCUAAUCAGCCGGCCUGGUUCAUUAGUAUUCCUAGAGAAACAAUUAUUCAUGAAAAAGUAUAUAGGGGAAUGUAUCAUGUACAGAGAUAAGGGCAGAAUAAGAAGGAAGAAAGGACGAAGGAAGAAUGUAUACAACAGGCAAAUUGAAGGAGAGAGAGAAUAAUAGCAAGUGGUGUCUGUGGUGCAGUUCAGCACCAAGGAAGGCUUUCUAUGUGAGAAAGAUAAAGAUUUUGAAGGACAAAGAUGAGGAGGCAUUUUCUUCUAGGCAUGAAGAAAAUGUCAAUCAAAUAUAUUAGGGUAAGAGAUGAAAUGAGUUUGGAUAGAGUGAACCCAUUUGGAAGGAAAAGAGAAUGCACGAGAUAUUAUCUAAAAUAUUAUUAUAAAAUAUUCUGGAGCUAGAAUGUGGUAUUUGAAGGCAUGGUACUUAGAAGAAGGCAGGAUUAGGACCAAUGGGGUGAAAGUUAUAUGGAUUUUGGUUCAAUGAAAGGAUACUGAACUCUCAUUAGAAUUGUAAAAAUGGUCUUGGGGUUGGACUAGAUGACUUCUUAUGUUACUUCUAAUGGUAGGAUUCUACAAAUGUAAAUUCUGUCCUUAUAGCUUAUCACCUGACUUUAGAAAAUAUGCAUAUGCUCCUCUCUGAAGUGCACUGAUACUGUGGACAAUUGUAGCAGCCCCAAGGGGGAAAUGAUGACCAGAUUACAAGGAAAAAAUUUCCCUUUCAUCAUUUUCUUUUUGAAAUACAUCUAGGAAGAGACAGUAUGGUUUAGUAAAAGGGGCACUAGAUAGAGAAUCAGAAAUAUGUUCAAAUGUUGGUUUUGCCAUUUACCAGCUUUGUGACUUUGUACAUUAUUUUGUACAUUUUUAUAGUCAUAGGAAAUAUUUUAUUUAUUUUUAGUACCUUUAAAUAACAACAGAGAAAGUUACUGUGAAUAUUUGACAAAUGCCAACCAUGAGAGUACUAACCAAAAUUUUUUUACAAAAUGUCAAAUAAUAGAUACCUUAAACAAUCAAUGGACAAUAAAUACAAAAUACCAAACAAUUUCAAAAUCAUGGUAAACUUCAAAAUUAAGAAAAACUAUAUCAAUAUUAUAAUGAAAAUGUUCCUUUUCAUAAUAGGAACUUUGGAGAGAAUUUGGUCCACAUUUCCUAAGUCCAUAGUUUUGAAGUUCAUUAAAAAAAAAAAAAAGCUGUUGACCUCAAGACAAGUUUUCUCUAUUUUUGUUGACCAAUUUUAAAAUCAAAAAAUUUUUAAAUUAAAAAAAAAUGGUUAAAUUUCAUUUUAUUUUCAUCUGCAAAGUCAAAGUACAAGACAAGUAAAUCACAAUCGGAAAAAUAAAGGCAAGGCUUAUUCCAAGGCUAGUUGUUGUUUUUAAUAAUUACUUUUUAAAUAGUAAAAAGGGGACAAUUCUUGAUAUUUCAGGAACCAGUUUUUCAGUCUGUGGAUUAGUCCAGAGGGUGAUAACAGUUUCAUUCACUGUAAAAAAAAAAUCAGGGGGAUUAGAUCAGGUAGAAUCUAAUGCUGUGAUGGUGAACCUAUGGCACAUGUGCCAGAGAUGACAUGCAGAGACCUCUCUGUGGGUCAUGCCAAGGACCCAGUGAGCCUUUCUAUCCUUGGAGCACAGAGUUCACCAGAGUUCUACCUCUCUUCUCUCCCCAAGCCUGACUAAAUCACUGUCCCCCCUUCCUCCAAAUCCAAUGGGAGUGAUUCCUCCUUUUCCUGGGUAGAGAAGGUGGGUGGGUCACAAAGUAGUAUAGGCACAGAAGGUAGAGUCUGUACAAACUUGACUCCCAUGGUGGGGUUUAUAUGGAGUGUGAAAUUAGUGUGCUAUUCUCAAAUAUGUUAGCAAUAUUAAUUUCUCUAAAAUGAAUAGGCCUAGGUCCCCAGUAGGAGCUAGUUAGCAGGUCUCUCCAAGACAGCAUCCCUUACACCAUUCAGAAUACAAUGUCCUCUUAAUUACCUUUGGCCAGAGUGAGACAGAAACAACUUAUGUCUUUACUAUCAGAUGCAACCAGUGUCUUUACUAUACAAAGUAUUUUGGGGAUUUGGAAUGUAUCUUUUGAGUUUGUACUUUAAAAUAUUCAAAACUGUAGUCUAGUGAUUUAGGAAUACAUUUUAUGAGGCUCAGGAAAACACCAUAGUGGCUUGUCAGUGGUAGCCAUCUCCCAUGGGUUUGUAUACAGAAGAAAAUCCUACUUCAACCCUGUAAGAUUUACAUUAAUGUCCAAUACUUCACUUAUUAUUUUUAUAAAGUUUAUUAUCUAAAGAUUAAAAAAGGGCUAAAUUCCAAGCAAAAUAAAUUCUAAGGAUAUACGAAAAUAUUUGCAGUUCUUUUUGAAUUGACAAAGAAUGGGAAUCAGAAGGGCAUGCUUAUAAAUAGGGGGAAGGAUAAAUAAGUCAUAUGGUAUAUGAGUGUGAGUUAGUACUACUGGGUUGAGUGCUUAUCAGCAUCAUGACCAACCAGAAUUCUAGAAGACAAAUGAUGAAAUAUGCUAACCACAUUGUGAUAGGAUUCAGACAGCAGAUUGGGAUGAAUAUUUUUUUGGACAUGACCAAUGUGGAAAUUUAUUCUGACUAUUCACAUCUGUAAAGAGUUUUGUUUUCUUUGUGUUGUCAUUUGUGGGUGAGAGGGUGAGAAAAGAGAUCAUGGAUGAUUAAAACAAAUUAAAUAGUUUAAAAAAAUAAAGUUUAUUAUCUGACAAAAUAGAACCAUGUGACUAAGGUUUUCUAGCUGCUCAAAAAUCCCCACUCCACCAAAGCCACCACAGGAAGGAAAGAGACUAAAAGACAAAACUUCACUCAAUUUAUAGACUAUCUAGUCAGCUCAUAAUCACAAGAAGUUAGUGGGGUGCUGGGAAUCAUAGUUUUGCUGGGGAUCUUAGUUUUUAGGCUAGUAGCCUAGUUUUUAGGGUAACAGAUUCAAAUUACACAACCUUUGACUAUUUGCUAAAAAGGUUAAUUUGGAGGAUAUUCCCUCAGGAGGCUGGAACUAGUUGGGGUGAAUGUGUCAGGAUGAUGUCAUUUAACCAGAGUGUUAUGUUUUCCUAUACCUAAGGGGUUUUCCUGUAAGCUGGGGCAUUUUUGCUUUUUUUUUAUUUUUUCUGGUCACCUUUUUCUUUCUCUCACAAUAAAGCAUUGCAUUUGAAAUGGCUUCCCCAUUCCUUGAAUAGUGGCUAAAGAGGGUGUACUUUGAAAUUUUCGAGGUCCCCUCAAUUUCCACUUCACACAGGUGGGAGAAGAGCUAGAUUUGAGGUAAUCAUAGCUCUGCUCAUAGUGGGACACAUAACUAGAGGGGAGCAGUGCCUGAGACCCUCACCUCUCCCUCUCCCCAAGCCUGACUACAUCACUCAUCCCCCUGCCCAGCAGUCCAAUGGGAGUGCUUCCUCCCUCCUCUGGGUGGAGUAAGGGGGAAAGCUGGGUGUUUCUGACACUCAUUAGAGGGAAGGGGCACAGAAUGUGAUCUCUGGGGGGGUUGGGAUAGGGGCAAGACCUGGCACUCUUAUCUCUAAAAGGUUCCCCAUCACUGGUCUAAGGUGUCCUCUAGCUCUAUAAUACUGUGAUCCUAGAAUUCCUUGAAGAAAGGAAUAAUGACUAAAAGGAAGCCAUAUAUCAUCUAAUUCUAUUGGUGUCUAUACCAUCUAUAGUUUCACUUGUCAGAGGUAAUAUACUUUACUUGUUCACUGAUUUGCUUUUUUUAAAAAUAGAUAUUACUCCAAUAGAGCAAUGGUUUGUUGCUAUUUCACUUCAAGAUGGAUUAUAUACUUAUAUUACUGAAGGAACUCUUCUUGAUCUUCUCCGAGAACCUAUUCUUCAGUGGACUCUUGGGAAAGCCAUUACUAAUGAACAGUUUCAUGAAAUACUUCCCAAUGUGGUAGGGAUUAGGAUGGGAAAAUGUCCCUGUGCUAAUGAUGUGGUGGUAAUUGGUGUCAUAUGUAAUCACAAUGUUCAGGGUAUUUACCUAGGUUUGACUCAAAGUGGAUUUUGGAAUGUGGGUGGCACUACAUGGUACAACUUGACAGAAUAUCUCUGCUCUUUAUAUGAAGACUGCCAAGGUUUUUCAUUUGUGGAUGUUGUUUUAACAAAUCAUUAUUUACUGCUUCUCACUUCACUGGGUCUUUUAGUAAGUUCAGAUCUUCGGUAUCCAAAAGAUCAAUUAACGUUUUCAAGAACAAACUUUUGUGGUUUUGAAAGGGAAGAUUAUGUAAAAGCAAAACUGUGGUAUACUGAAAGAUGUUUUGCCAACAAAGAAGCAUUUGAAGAUGAUUUUGUUUCUGUCACUUUUGAGAAAAACUUGACAUUGAGCCAGACAUCUACUUGCUUCUUUAGUAGAGAUCCAUUUUUUGUCUGGAAUCCUUGCCUAUCUAAAACUAAAAUUAAACAAUCUAAGAAAAAAGUCACACAUACAAUAGUGUCAUGUCUUGUUGAUAAUGAGCAGAAAUCUGUAGUCUACCUUUUUAACACAAAGGAAAGUAUUUCUGUUGCUGUACGGAAUUUGCAUACUGAUUUACCAAGUCCUCUCCUGAAAUUUCCAGUUUUCAAUUUUCCUAAGGACUUUUCUAUUGCCCUUGGGAUGGUUUUCCAUCCCAGAAGUCACUUUCUCUAUGUUUAUGGUAGUCAGGUCUGGCUUUCAACAGAUGGAGGCAACAGUUUCGUGGUGGUAGCUUACAUGACAAAUGAUCCCAUCAAGCAGACCUAUCAUUCUUUUUAUAGUUCAAAGAUUAUUUUUCUUAGUAUGUCUGGAAGAGUUCAUCUUUCAAGGGCAGGAUUGAGAACAUAUACCACAUAUGGGAAAAUAAAACACAGAAUUUCUGAGUUUUACUAUAACCAACUGGGCACUGGAAUUUUAAUUACUCUGAAUAAAUCCGUCUCUGAUUGUAUUCAAAAAUACCCAGCAUUAUCUUUGUCUGCUCUCACAUCGAUUGAUAAUAAUGUAGCAUUUAAAACUGCACUAGCUCCACAGUACCUCACCCUAAAUGAAAUCAUCUUCUUUGCAUAUGUGCCCUUGACAUCACCAAAAAAAGAAGAACUAAAAUUCCAGCAUGUUCAUAUUGGCAAAAAAAUACAAUCAAGGUCAAUUGGUGAUGCUGAUAUAGUGAAGAUUAUGCAUCAUGAUGAACUCAUAGGCUUUCCAAGCUCAGCUAUUGUACAUGUGUCAAAUCCUUUUAAAGUUGAAAAUAAACUGCAAAGUCCUUGUUUAGAAAAUUCCAUUACCAUUGAAAAAGAUAAAGAUCCCUUUUACAGAAUUCAUCUUCUUUUAAAAAAUAAAACAUCUUCGUCUACAUUUAGACGUUCUGAUAUUGAAAAGACAGUGGUAAUACCAGGUUAUUCCAGCUUCCUUCUUGUUCAAUUUAUUGAUAGGCUGAAUGUUUUGGCUCUUUCUACCAUGCCUACUAUUGCGCCUUUUAAUAAGACCUUUAAAGAGAAAGAGUGGUUGCUAUAUGACUUUUCAAUGAAAUUUCAGACCAUGUGGAAAAUUUCUAGAACCCCUUGUAAUUACUGGAUUGAACUUGAAAGUGUUACAACAUCACGAAGUUUUAUCAAAUACAUAGAUCUUGCAAAUCAAUAUACAUUUAAGAUUAAAGUCAUUCCAAGACAAAGCAGAGAUGCUCAGUUAUUUCAAUUACCACUUCUGGAAGUAUUUUCUGGAAGUCGACACAUGAUGGAAAUGAAUUCUUUUGGCUAUUGGGAUAACACUAAUAGUUACAUAUUUGAAUUUCAUGUUUUCAAUAGGAAUAUUAUACAGGGUAUGACUUCAAUUUCUUUCGUAGUCUGGCAGGCAUCAACAGCUUGUGACGUAACCACAAUUGUCUUAACACUGAAGGCCAGCUGUAGUUAUUUCAAAUCCAUGCAAUUUGUUCCUAAUUACAAUAUACCCAAAUCUGCCUGGGAAGAGGGAAUAUAUGCAAAUGAAAAUGGAUUCAAUAUGAUAAAAACUUUGCCGGAUAACUACAGGCCUCCAUCCAAUAUGGGAAUAGCUAUCCCACUCACAGACAACUUUUAUAAUGCUGAUCCCAGCAAGCCAAAGCCAAGAAAUUUAUUUCCUCAGUCAAGAUUUACUGGGAAGUACAAGCAGUGUUUCAACAAGUCCACUCGAGCAGAGUGUAAUUGCAGUAUUGAAGAGAAGAUGUCUUAUGCUCUUACUUUCUCAGACUGUAGAGAAAAGGUUCCUCGGCAUCAGUUUCCUGUUAAUCAUUAUCCUAUCUCUUUGAAAAUCCACAAUGAAAAUUUGAGAAAUAUGCAAAUGGAAGCUCCAUAUUUUGUUACUAUAUCAGAAGUAAAUAAUAGAGGAAGCUGGAAAGUCAAACAUUAUGUGCCUGACGAUAUGAAGAGAUUGAAGAAACAUGUAGAAGGUUUGAUUUUUCGUCCUGUGUAUAACCCCAAAUUCCUCAACCUAAGCAUAACAGGAUCUGAGCUCUUCCAUUUCAGAGUAACAGUUAUUCCUGGAGUCACUUUUUGUGACUUAGCUGAUGAGUUUCAGAUCUAUGUAGAUGAUGUACCAACUGCAUUUCCAGGAAAACCUCUUAUUGCCAGUAUAACAGCUGCAGCUGUAGGGGGGACAAUUUUUUUUGCAUUUCUUUUUGAAUUGUAUAAUGUCCAAGUGUGGACGCCAUUUAAAAACAUGUUUCUGAAGUUGAAAACAGCCUUCCAAAUAAUACGAAAUAGAAAUAGGAUAAGUUAUAGCUGAUAACAGGAAAAGUAAAUACAUACAGGGCAACCAGAAUGAUUUGUUUCUUAAUUAAUUAUAUUCUUUUAAAAUAAUUUAUAACACAUGGCUUUAUAGGUUAAGUAGGUAAAAUAAAUGAUAAUAUUAAAAACUCUUAGGAUUAAAUUAGUUCUUUGAAAAAAUGAUUUAAGAUAUUUAUUUUUAUGAAUUUAACUGUCACACUAUUUGUAAUAUAUUUGAGAAUUGUGCCUAAUUUUUAUUCUUUUUAUUAAUUUUUCCCUCAACAUUAUGCAAUCCCCUCCCCUCCUUUUUUUUUUUUUUGUAAUUUGACUUCUCUUUAUAACACAUUUUUAUUGCUACUCUGAUUUAUUCUGAAAUUACAGUUAUGUGACAUAUUAGUUUGGUCUUAAAAAUUUUAAUCUAGCUUUAACUCCUUGUACUGUAUAUGUUUCCUAAAAAUAUUGAUGAAUUUUAUUUUAAAUAUAUUUUGUAGGUUUUUGCUUAAGAAGUCAGAUUGUGUGCAUUUACUUAAUAUAUAAUUUAUUCAUUUUCUUAUCAUUCUAUACAGUAUAGGAAAGAAAUCAAAU